AUGGAGGAGUCAGCGGAGAAAACGGCUCUGUCUGCAGAGGCUCAGUCUCUAGGGACAUCCUCACAGCACCUAGCAACAGUCGCCUCGAAGGAAGCUGAUGAGACACUCACGCUUCUUGAAGACGUGGGCUCCGAGGUCGAUACUCUGUCCCCAAGAGCGACCGGGAGGCUGAAGCGAAAGUUGUAUUCCUGUCUUCUCCUUCAGGUUAUCGCAAUCAACCUGAUGCUUUUCAUUGAUAAAGCGACAUUAAGCGAAGCCGUGUUUCUCGGCCUCCUUGACGACUUUAAGCUAUCGGAUAAGAAGUACAAUGAUCUGAACACGAUAUUCUACACUGGCUAUAUUGUCGGACAAAUACCUGGUCAAUAUCUCAUCCAGCGACUGCCGCUAGGCAAAUUCGUAUCUGGUUCAAUAUUUCUCUGGGCAGUCAUUAUCCUCCUGCACUGUACAGCAACCAACUACGGCGGCCUCAUUCCUUUACGCUUUUUCCUGGGAUUUGUAGAGUCCGCGCUGACUCCGGCGAUGGAGACAAGCAUGAGCAUGUUCUUCACGCCGAACGAGCUCCAGCAAGUCCAGCCGAUCUUCUGGAUUUCCUGUGUCGGCUCAACAAUCCCAGCUGGUCUCAUUGCUUACGGGUUACUGUUCAGCAAGUCAACCAUCGCUCCCUGGAAAUUCUUCAUGAUCAUCACAGGCGGCGUCACCUUUCUGCUCUCCAUCUCCUCCUACUGCUUCUUCCCCGACAACCCAGCCAAAGCCCGCUUCUUAACAACCGAGGAGAAAGUCCAGGUGAUCCGCCGAGUGCACGAUACCACAAAAAGCUCCAUCGAACAAAAGACAUUUAAAAAGCACCAGUUCUACGAAGCCCUCCGUGACCCCAUCUCAUGGCUUUUCGGCCUCGCCUCCUUUUGCCUCAUGUUAGCCAACAACCUGACCUUCCAAAUGAGUCUUCUCCUAGUAGACCUAGGAGUCAGCAACCUCGGCUCAACCCUCGUUACAGUGGCGUCGGGUGGCUUCGCAGUCGCCGUCUCACUUGUUGCCUGGAUACUCCUGCGCCUGUUCCCGGGGUACGGUGCCUGGUGGGCCGCCUUCUGGGUCCUCCCCGGCAUCGCAGGAGGUAUUGGAAUGGUAGCCCUGGACUGGAACCAGACGCUUCCGCUGCUCGCAUGUCUUAUUCUUGCAACGAGCACAUGGGCGCAGACGUAUAUUAUCUCGUUUGCUUGGGCGUCAUCCAGUUCAGCGGGUUAUACGAAGAAGCUGACCCGCAACGCCAUCUUCAUGGUUGCGUACGGCAUUGCGAACAUUAUAUCGCCGCAGAUGUGGGUGACGGGCGGCCCGCGGUACUACGGGUCUUGGAUCGCGUCCAUCGUUGUAAGUUUUGUGCUGACGCCGGUUUUGCUGCUUGUUAUUAGGUUUGUUCUCGCGAGGCGAAACAAGGAGAGGCGGAUGUGGAUUGCGGAGCAGGCUGAGAAGGGAAACCAUGGCGAGGGAUUUAUUGAAAGGCGAGAUCCGAAUGGGGAGACGGUCAAGGUCAAAGUCGAUGUUUCUUUACUUGAUCUGACGGACUUGGAGAAUAAGUUCUUCCUGUAUCCUUUAUAA